AUGGAGGCGCUGGGGCGGCCCGCGCUGCCCGAGGACGCGGUGCGCUACCGCCUGUUCGCGGCGGCGGCGGCGGGCCCGGGCGGCGAGGCGCUGCUGCGGCGCUGCGCGGAGCUGGCCCUGGUGCGCUUCGCCCCGCUCCUGGCCUCCUACGUGUGGCAGCGGCAGCCGUUCCGCCUGCGCUACGUGCCGCGCCGCGGAGAGACCCCGGCGCACAUCGGCGGCACCACCGUGUUCGGGGAUAACGUGGAGGAUGAGUGGUUCAUUGUGUACCUGGUCAGGGAGAUCACCAGGGAGUUCCCGGGGCUGGCAGCCAGGAUUGAUGACAACGAUGGAGAGUUUCUGUUGAUAGAAGCAGCUGAUUUUCUCCCAAAGUGGCUGAAUCCUGAGAACAGUGAAAACAGGGUGUUCUUUUACAAAGGAGAGCUGCACCUCAUUCCGCUGCCUGAGGGCUGGGAGCAGGACUGGGACCUCUCUGCUCCCUGUCCCACCAUCCCACAGGCGCUGGCACUGUUAUCCACCCGCUCCGAGGAGUUCCUGGCUGCAGAGCCCAUCAGAGCUGCGGUGUAUAAACGCCUCGAUGGGUAUCCCGAGAAGAUCCAGGCCUCGCUGCACCGCGCCCGCUGCUACCUCCCGGCCGGAGCCGCGGCCGUGCUGCGGCAGCGCCCGUCCCUGGUGGCUGCGGCAGUGCAGGCCUUCUACCUGCGGGACCCGGGUGAUCUGCGGGCCUGUCGGCGCCCUUUCAGAACCUUCCCUGCCGAGCAGCGGGUGAUGGCCCUGGUGACUUUCACUCGGUGUUUGUAUGCACAGCUGGCGCAGCAGAAGUUCGUCCCAGACAGGCGCAGUGGAUACACCCUGCCCGCCCCCUCUCAUCCCCAGUACAGAGCCUACGAACUGGGCAUGAAACUGGCUCAUGGCUUUGAAAUUCUGUGCUCCAAGAGCAGUAAAGUAGCUCCUGAUGCCAAGAGAAAUGUGUUGAGCGGUCCUCUGUGGGAAAGAUUCCUCAGGAGCUUGAAGGAAAAAGAUUAUUUCAAGGGAGAAAUGGAAGGAUCUGCCAAGUACCUGGAACUGUUGCACAUGGCAGAAGAUCACUUCCAGCAAUCUGUUGCUGUGCCAGAAAGCUCUGUUGAAGUGAGCCCAGGUGAUGAAAUCCUGACACUACUACAGACAACAUCCAUUGAUUUGAAAGAAUUUGAGAGAGAAGCAGCUUGUCUUCCUCCAGAGGAUGAUGACAGCUGGCUGGAUAUUACACCAGAUGCUCUGGAUCAGAUGCUGAAGGAGAGAAGAAAUGAGUCCUUUCCUUCCACAAAUGAGGAAGAACAAAAAUACGACUUGCAAACAGUUGCUGAGAGCAUGAAGGCUUUUGUGUCCAAAGUCUCCACGCACGAAGGAGCAGAAAUGCCAUGGUCAUCUGAUGAAUCCCAUGUUACCUUUGACGUGGAUUCUUUUACGAAAGCACUGGACAGAAUUUUAGGGGCAGACUCGGAGGAGCUGGAUUCUGAUGAUCUGGAUGAAGUGGAGGAGUUUGAUUUCUCAGAUGGGGAUGAUGGAGACCUGGAUGCUGGGAACCAGGGGCAGGAGCAGGAGGUGUCUCCCGGGGAGCUCGUGGGCAGUCUCAAGGCGUACAUGAAUGAGAUGGACCGCGAGCUGGCACAGACCAACGUUGGGAAAAGCUUCACCACCCAGAAGAGAGGGGCAAGUUCUGAUGAAGCAGCCACAUGUGAGAGUGCUGGCCCUGAUCCUGGAGCUGAGGAUGCUGAGCUGGCCCCCGUGGAUGUGGACAUGAACCUGGUGGCAAACCUGCUGGAGUCCUACAGUGCCCAGGCUGGCCUGGCAGGGCCCACCUCGAACAUUUUACAGAGCAUGGGGGUGAAUUUACCUGAGAACACAGAUCCCACUGGCUCGGGCAGCCGAGCACCACAGUGAGAGACUUGGGACAAGACAUGGCUGGUGGGGAAAUGAAGCACAGACAGACGAGCAGGAUGUGGAAGAGGAGGCCAAAGGUUUCAAUUUGGAGCAUUCUGGUCAUUAUGUGUCACUUGCAAGCUGUCUGGCAGGCAGGGCCUGCGGGGCUACGGCGCUGCCAUAGCUCGGAGCAGUGCCGAAGGAGCAGCGGGGCCGGGGCAGGGGGACCCUGCUCCCAGCAGGGCAGGGAGCAGUGAGCUCAGGAUCCCGGGCACCCCAGCAGGUGGUGAUAGAUGCUGAUUUUAGUGAGGGAUGUGAUAAUAAAGUCCCAAUGCACUGGCUGUUCUCACAAGCAGAGGCUCAUCCCAUGGCAGAAGCAGCAGCUCUGGGCUGGGUUAUGGCAGUGGCAGCGAAUUCCCUUCCCCAGGCAGCAGCUCCAACAGUCCUCAUCCAAAACUGAGAUAGAGCCAGCAGCUGACAGAACAUUCUGCACAGUCAGGUGCCUGAUGCCAAAAGAGGGAUUCCUUCUCAGCACGUGUCAGCUGUGCUUCCACUUCUCAGGACAGUCCAAAAGUCUCACCUGGCCAGUUACUAAUGAUUUCC